CAAAACAAGAAGAAUCAGCUGUUGUUAUCUUGAAUAAUGACAAGUGAGGUUAAGUACAAAAUUUGCAAAAGUAUUCUUUUGUUAAAAGUUUAAUUUUUUAAACCAUUUAAGUUAAAAAUGGCUCUAAGUAAUAUCGUAUUACUUAGUCAAAUUGCAGGAUACGUUAUUGCUUUAAUUCUAUCGCUAUGCAUUAUCGUACCAAUGAGUCUGCAUCAAGAUGAAUUUAGGGGUCAUUGUUUGCUCUUCUCAACCGGUACUUGGCAAGAAACUGACGGACAGCUCAAUGUUAGUUGGAGUUCGCAAGCCUAUUGUAACUACACAAUUUUCGUCGGAGUCAUGCUGUUUUUACUGUCGCUAAUACAAAUAUACAGAUUAUCCUUAUUUUUAUAUAAAGGAACAGAUAGCAGUUUUCUGUCUGCAUUUAUUGAUGUCGUCUCCAGUAUGAUUGUGUGCGGUAUGACGAUUAUUGCUGCAUUAAUGAUUACUUUGGGAUUCAUGGUGUGGUGUAAGAAUAUGACUGAAAGAUUUCGUUCUUGCGAGCUUGCAGCUGGGCAAGAGAUCGAUAUACACGAUGGUAUAGAUACAGGUGGAUUUUAUAUAGAAUUGGGAACUGCUCAGUUUGGAGUAUGGGCUUCCUUUGCUACUUGGGUUGGAUUGUCUGUAUUUGCUUUAUUGAAACUGUGCCGUUAUCAUCAGCUAGAGAAUAUAAGGGUCUCUAUGUAUAGAGAGAGGCAACGGCUUAUUAACGAAAAUGCGGAUUCUCCCGGUAGUUCUUUGGGUAGAGAAUCUACAACUUCAGCUCCACAAACGGUAGAAAGUAAAGAGUGAUUAGUCAUAACUGCUUUACGAUUGCCCUGUUUGAUUGUGUACGCUAUUGUUCAUUUUACUUUGUUAAUUCACCAUACUAUUUAUCAAUUCUAUAAAUAUUGAAAAAAUGUGAUACGUAUAUAAUUACGAAUGUGUUAUAAAUUAUUUACUUGUAAGUUUAUAUAUACUCUCCUUUAAUUAGUUAUUGUUGUUCAUAUUGGAAUGUGUUUCAUCAAAAAUGAAACGGUUACUUUUUAUACUACCAUCACAUUUACAAUUCUAAUAUAUAUUUUUUAGUUUAUUUUUGCUUAAUAGUUGCCUACAUUUGCCUUUUAUAUACUACAUUGAACAAAUGUUCUGUACUGGACUUGUAUGAUACCCCCACCGCCAUUCUUGUAUAAUAAUUUUGCAGUAAUAGACAUACUCAAUUGUUUGUGAUUUAUAAUCGGUUUAAAUCAUCAGAACGAAUAUAACUAAUUCUUAAAUAGGCAUUUUUCAAUGGCAAUUUGGUCUAGCUCUGAUUGCAAUGAACCCCUUAUGUAUUGACAAUGGACUAAAUGAUUAAUUUAACAGUAUGUUGCAAAACGUAGUACAAAAAAAGGUGCAUAGCCAUUUUGAUAUUUUAGCAUAGUUUCACACUAGGUAUAGUAUAUUAUAUAAUUUCCUUGCUAUAAAGCGAUUAUGCAUAAAACAUUAUAAAUUCAGACAAAUGUUAGUGCAACUGUAAAGCAGUUCAACUGGUUAUCUUUAAAUUACUUGGACUUGAUUUUAUAAAAUAAAGGAUACAUUACUCUUA